AUGAGAACCAAUUCAAAGCGAGACCGAGGCUCGCAAAGACGCUUCGCGACGCAGCGAAACAGCGGAAUGUCGUUCGGUGAAAUUUCAAGUCGUGGCACACAGACUAUAUGAAAAUUAAAAUCUAUAUUUUAAGUUGACGAUAUUUUAGUCGUUUCUGAAAUUCUGAAAGCCGAACUCCAGUCUAACUUCAUAGAUCUGACGCGCAGCUCUACAGGAAACUUUCCAGAAAGCCUUUUUUGAAAUUAGUCUGAAGGAAAAAGCUGAUAAUUGUGACAAAAAUAAGUGUUGAAAAGCUUGAAUUUCGCGAUCCGAUUGAUUCGGGAAACAUUUUUCGCUCCAAAACAGAAAGGUUUCGGUCUUGCUGUUCUCAUUUAUUAGGGUCUGAAGCAUUAUUUCAAAAGCCUAGAGACUUUUGAAAGUGAAUCUGGAGUUUCUUAGAUAGAGAAAGCCGAAUAAAACUAAUUAGUGAAGAUUAAUACUGAUUAGUAAAGGCUUUCUCUGGAUCAUUAAACAUAAGGUUCAAAUUCGAUACUGGCGACUAAAUUCCCGAAACUAGAGUUUUUUUGCUUCCUAAAAAACAUCUGGUGAUGAGAUCCCGAUUCGUUUAGCUUUAGCGAAUCUGGAGGACACGUCUUGAUCUUUUUUAAGAAAAAAAAAACCCAAAAACAACCAAGUACCCUAGUGCCGCUUAGCCUAUACCAACACACCAAGAAACCACUGCACGAAAUUCUGGAGAUAACUCAGAUAUCAGAUGACAAUAACUAGCAGAUUAUGCAACAGACAGUCGAGUUUGGACGCUAUCCAACUGGUUGGUUGCAACAAAAACAAUUGGCGGGUGGAGAAAGUCGGGAGAGUCGCCGCGUCUGAGAAGAGGAAGAAGAAGAAAAAACGAGAAGACGACAAGGAUGUUGCUGAUGUUGUUCUCGACGACGUCGUUCGACAGUAG